AUGAAACCGGCAGAUAAAUGUUCAUUUGUAACUCGAGAACGAAUUUUUGAUGCUAAUUUAAUAAUUGCAGUUUCAUCUGAAUCAAAACAAUAUAUUUGUGUUGAACUUUGUUAUGCUUUAAGUAAAUAUCUUCAGAUGUUAAUGCUAACAAUUCGUCCAAGUCGAGAUGAUGAUAUUCCAUUUAUUACUGCAAUCUACAAUUAUUAUGUAUUGUAUAGUACAAGUACAUUUGAAACUAUACCACCAACAGCUGAUGAGAUGGCAAGUCGACGAGAUGAUGUUCUGAAAAAGAAUCUACCCUAUCUCAUAGCAGAAGAUGAUAACUCAAUUGUUGGAUAUGCAUAUUGUACGUGGUUUAAACCACGUGCUGCUUAUCGGUACGCUGUAGAAUUAUCAAUUUAUUUUGAUAAAGAUGUCUGUAGUAAAGGUUUUGGUCGGCAAUUGUUGAAUGCUUUGUUAGAAGAAGCCAGAUUAGUUGGUGUUCGAAAAAUGAUUGGUGUCAUUGGCGAUUCAGCAAACAAUCGCUCUAUUAAUUUACUUCGUGCUGCCGGAUUUUCUCAUGUUGCCACAUUGAAAUCUUAUGGAUGGAAGUUUAAUCGUUGGCUUGAUGUAAUUCUUAUGGACAAAAGUAUUGGUGAAGGUGAUGCAACAGCUCCUGAAUAA